UUGCCUACCCCGCUGUGGUUCUGUCCAUGCUUUUGGUCUUGAAGACAAACACAAUGAAAUUCGUGCUAGAAUUGUGAUUGAACUGACAAAAAAUGAAGACAUGUAUCUAGAUUGCAAACAUCUAGCCCGAGGAACAUCUCUUGUUGACCGUGAGGCAGCCAAACUUCCUGGUCACUUUGCUUUAUACUCGCAAAACUACACUGCUGGAGAUAUUGUGACUGAAACACCAUAACAAGGAUCUACCAUCAAGAAGUUCUUGAUAUUUCACGUAGGAACUCCUUCAUGGGUAUUUGGCAGCUCUUCGGUCUUGCGUCAGUGCUCAAAUGCAGAAUAUUUUCGGUGUAUCCCAAGCUAGGAAACCCCUGUGUAAGACAAGAUCUGCACAGGCAGAUAUUACCAGUUGGCAAACCUGAAUUUGAAGAUGCAUAUUUCAUGUGGACAACUACAAGAGAAGAUAUGACGAAAGAAACACGUUGGGUGCCAAACCACUUUGUUCCUCUCUUGUCAGUUGCAGCACCAACACCUCCAUGAAAUAACAGUUUUGUUCAUAUAGUGGAUUCCAUGGAUUGUAGCUUUUCAGAAAAUGAAGACCAGUCCAUGGAUAUUUCUGGGCUUCAUGAUGUGUUGGAGCCAUUUGAAGAGACAUUUACAGAUGUUAUAGAGAAUCGGCAGAUCCACACAGAUCCCGAACAGCUGCCAUUUGAUUUGCCAGAAUUGUGGACAACAUUGGAGCCAGAGAUGCUACAGGAGCUGGAGCCAUUCUAUGAACCACAGAUGCCAAAGGAGUAUGAGAAAGUCAAGGGCCCUGAGACUGUCAAAGAUCAGGAUUCUAAGACAUUCCAGGCACCAGAGACAGCUCAUGAACCACAGCCAGCCCAAGAACCCAAGACCGCCCAAGAUCCCAAGACAUUCCUGGCACCAGAGAUAGCCCAAGAACCCAAGAUAUACCAGGCACCAGAGACAGUCCAGGAACUCGUGAUAUUCCAGGUACCCGAUACAGUCCAGGAGCCCCAGAUAAUUCAGGCACCAGAUACAGUCCAGGAACUCGAGAUAAUCCAGGCACCAGUGACAGUCCAGGAACUCGUGAUAUUCCAGGUACCCGAUACAGUCCAGGAGCCAAAGAUAUUCCAGGCACCAGUGACAGCCCAGGAACUCGAGAUAAUCCAGGCACCAGUGACAGCCCAGGAACUCGAGAUAAUCCAGGCACCAGUGACAGCCCAGGAACUCGAGAUAAUCCAGGCACCAGUGACAGCCCAGGAACUCCAGAUAAUCCAGGCACCAGUGACAGUCCAGGAACUCGAGAUAAUCCAGGCACCAGUGACAGUGCAGGAACUCGAGAUAAUCCAGGCACCAUCCAGGAGCCAAAGAUAUUCCAGGCACCAGUGA